GUUACCGUCCAGGACGUCCUGUAAAGUUUACACAUGAGCCGAAAACAAAGUUGACGUUCCUUCAUUUUAGCACAUUUAUUUUCACGUCAGUAUGCGACAGAUUUAGUUUUUAAUAUUAGUGGAGCAGCGAGCAUCGGAUUUCUUUUUCAGAAACUUGGAUAUCAAAGGCCAUCACCAUGAACUCUGUACUAUCAUCUGUACGUUCUCUCGUGCAAAUGUUUGAUGGCAAAACACAAGAAUUCAUCAGUGACAUUGAUAAUGUCCACAUGGUUUGGCUUGAGGAGAUCCAACAAGAAGCCAACCGCAUGUUCUCAAGAGAUUUUAAUGCGGAACCAGAAUUAAUGCCAAAAACACCAUCACAGAAAAAGAAUAGUCGCAGGAAGCGUGUAUCUGUGGGGCGUCAGGAAGACAACCAAGCAAAGAGAAGGUUUUCAAAGGGAAAGCGCAGUAACCUUCGUGGCUCAUCUGUCAAAUCACUGAACUUCAUUGCUGAAGAAGAAUCUAUUCCUGAAGCUUCCGCCUCUCAAGACAGUACCACUACACAGCCUAAACGCACCACCCGUAAAAACAAACAGACAAAGCCAGAGGUGGCAGAGGAUGUGAGCCAUUCACCUCACAGCAGCUAUAAAACGGAAGAGGUGCAGAACAAGAAACCAGAGCUGGUAGAGGAAGAAGAGGUGGACAAAAAUACCAAGGUGAACAAUGCAGAAGUUGAGCCUGAUGACUUACCUAGCACUGCCCCAUCUCCACCCAAGAAACCCUUACCUGAGGUUGUCGUCAACAUCUCCUCAUCAGACCGCUUGUCUGCUGAGUUUGCUAAAAAGCAGGAGCCAUCUCCUGGCCGUACAGCUGCUAAGAUUGCAAUAGCUGGAGCUGCGCAAAGCUCACGGCGGAGCUCUGUGCGGUGCUCCCUCAAGUUACGUCACUCACUGGCUGGUCUGCGGCACAGUAUGACACAGGAGUCUGUUCGCCGUGCAUCCCGUCGUUCCAUGCUUAAGAGGAAGGCAGUGCGCACGGGCAACUCCACAUGUAGCAGCAACAUUAGUGUGGACUCUUGCAUGGACUCUACGGAGGAAGAGGAUAAGGAAGUCAUGCCAGAAGCUGUAACUUCAGACACAGAGGAUAAUGCUGCAGCAGAAGAAUCUCAGGAAACUCCAAAGAUUAACCAGAGUAUACAUCCAUCUGUUGGGCGUAUUACUCGUUCUGUGGCUGCAAACUCUCCCACGCUGGCACCCCCAUCGUUGUUUAUUGCUGAGCAGAAAAUGAGCACUCCCAACAAGAGAACAGUUGUCACUGAGAAACAACAGACUUCCCAGUCAAGUCGGAGGUCAAGUCGAAGCACUAAACGUAAAGCACCAGAUACUGUAGAGGAAAGUCCCACAAAGAGGUUCUCUCCUCCCAAGAAAAGCCAAAGUGCAAUCAGGCCCAACAUGAGAUCUUUUCUCCACACUGUGCAGAAGAAUCAGAUGCUGAUGAUGACUCCAAACUCCCUCGGCCGCACAGCUGUUAUCAAGUCCUUUAUUAAACACACCACUCCGAUGAGGGUUGAUCCUAAGUUGAGUGUUGGUAUAGUGUCAAAAGAGCGUCACAAACUGGAAGCACUCAAAAAGAAGCAGGAGCAAGAGGAGGAAAGGAUGAAGAAAAUGGAGGAGGACAAGAAAAAGAAACAGGAGGAACUUAAAAGGAAGAGGGAUGAGAGGCUAAGAAGGGUGUUUGAAGCCAAAGUAAAAGAAGAACAGAGAGAGGAAGAAAAGAAAAAGAAGAUCGAGCAGAAAAUGGCUCAGAUUGAUGAGAAAAAUGACAAGCGUCAGGCAGAGGAGAAGGCCAAGAAGAAGGUGGCCAUAAAACGUCAAGAGGAGCUGGAGCAAAAGAAGAAGUUGGAAGAAGAGGCUAAGAGGAAGAAGGUUCAGCAAGCAGAGGAAGAGAAGCGGCAGCAGGAGGCCAAGAAGAAGGCUGAGGAGGAGGAACAGCGAGCUCGUAAGCUGGCUGAGACUCGCAAAGCACUGGAGCUGAAGAGGGAGCAGGAGCGAGAGAGGGAGAGGGAGCUGGAAAGAGAACGACAAGCUGCUGCUGAAAGGGAGCGAGUGGAAAAAGAAAAAGCUCUUGCUCUGCAGCGCGAACUGGAGAGAGCAGCGAGAGAGAAAGAGAGGAGAGAACUGGAGGAGAAAAGAAAACUGCAGGAGGCGCAGCAGAGGUUAGCUGCAGAGGAGAAAGCUGCUAAAGAGAGGGAAGCUGCUAAGCAGAGAGAGGCUGCUGCGAAACAGGCUGCUAAGACACAGGCUGCUGCUGGGCUGAACGUCACUAUGGAUAUCGAGAACUCUGUAAUGAGUACACCGGUUGGAAAAGGUGGUGGCCUGAAUGUGACUGUGGAUAUUGAGCAAUCACCACAAUCAUACGCCAUCACUCCAAAGGGCGGCAACAAACCUCUGGUUAUGUCCAAAAGUGCAGAGGAUUACGGAAUGGACCAAAACAGUGACGACUCUACUGAUGAUGAGUCUGCCCCGAGGAAACCGAUUCCGUCCUGGGCAGAGGGUCCCAACCUGCAGCAGAUCAUCAUGAAGCAGUACUUCAACCCUCCUGAUUUAGACUCUUUCUUUGGAACGAUUGAACCACCAAAACUGGAAAACAUAUUUUACAAGAGCAAGCCUCGCUAUUUUAAACGCACCAGCUCUGCUGUGUGGCACUCACCUCCAAUUGGAACCAAGUAAUGUCUGUACACGGAUACAGAUAUACACUGCUGUAUAUAGUUUAAUUUUUUUGCUUUAAAACGUGUUUCCAAUAAAGUAAAGUUUUUUUUCUGAAUGAUUUUUUCCACUAUUAAAUUUGUUUGAAGGUUUUAGGCACCAACAUUUUAGAAAUAUUGUUACUAGUAUGUAAAAUAUCAUGGAUUUAAGUGAUACAUGUGAUGAAACUGAUGCUUGACUUGUACUUGAAAAUGAGUCUGUAUUAUAACCCAGUGGGAUAUUUGAAAGUUUUUGCCAAUUUACCAGUAAAAACUUUCAUUUGUAUGUGUGUUGACUGUAAAUGAUAGAAUUCCCAUGUUUGGGAUUUAUCAAGUGCAUUAAAAUGGUUGGUUGCACCAAA